AUGUUUAGUGCUGUAGUAACGCCGCAGUUCCGUACCCUUGGAUGGAACGUUCAUAUUCUUUGUGGCCCUGAAGGUGACCGAUUCGCAGGUCUGUUCCAUCCGCCUGGCAGUACCAGCUUGACUUAUCACGACAUUGUGAACGAGCUGCGGCUUUGCUUCAAUAUUCCAAUCAGCGAUGGAGCAGAAGACAACGAGAGCAGUGAUGCAUGGGCAAAUAUCGCAUUCGGGUAUGGAGGCUCUACUGAUGGCUCGUUGCAGCCGGUCAAGGACGAUUCUUCUACUACGUCAAUCUCCUCUCCCCAAAUGAUCUCGGGCCAAUAUCUUGAUGGAUUUAUCACUACACCGUUAUGUGAUUCAUCCUCCGAUAUUAUACAGCCUUCUAUAGUCCAGUUGCAUAUUGUGCGACAUGCAGAAUGUGGGCUUGGUCCUGAGGAACCGUUCAUAGCCCAUUUACAAGCUGGAUGUGCUCAGCAUAUACCCUAUCCUUCCCUCCGCCGAGACGAACGAUACCUUCCUCCGAAUAAGGGAUCCAGGGACCCGCGCUUUGCUCGGUCACCAUAUCGAAAAAGAACGCAUCCCACUGGCGGUUCCCAAAGCUCCUCAAAACGCUCCGCGUCCGGCUUCGUCUCACCAAACAAGGACUCGCAACCUGAUACCGACGGAGGGGGGGGCGAAGACGUCACAGAUAUGGUCAGCUCGCUUUUAUUCGAUAUUUCCCCCGAUGACGCUCGUCGAACCAUGGCAGCCUUCCGCACUUCAUGCCUCGCCGCUAGUACAACGUGUGCAGUUACAGGCAAAGGUCGAUCAUGGUAUAUGAACCCAACUGUCGGCCCAGCUGUGCAAGUAUGCCAUAUCGUGCCGCAGCAGCAUUCCCAUGUCUAUCCCGUCCCGAUUCCCUUCGGCAAUAAUAGAUACAGUCCGCGGCGGCUGCGCGCGGCCUGGGAUCGUACUUGGGCAGCUGAAAAUGGUAUUAUAUUACUUACCCAUCUCCAUCAGCUAUUCGAUGCCCGACUGUUUUCUAUUCAUCCUCAGACGCUACGGGUUCGUGUCUUUAUGCCAUACGACGUCCUGUUAGAAUACCAUGGCACUCUCGCCAAACUACCUUCUAUCGUCAAUCGCAAAGCGUUACGUCACCACUACGAGAUGUGCUGUAUUGAGAAUAUGGCUGCUCAGAUGCCUUUAUCAGAAGCUUCUGAAGCGAUGUUGAGAUCGGCGGCCUCAGAAACCAUCUCGGCAUUUGAGUCUGGAUCUCACAUUCCCAACAUCCCCAGAGCGAUGUUCGGAGGCAAAGAUUCGCCACAGGUACCCGGAGACCCCUCAAAGCGGGCAAGGCCGCCAGGACUAGGAAUAGACAUGUCCUCUAUUCCAGACCAAGCGGAGGAGGCUGGUCGUAAGAAGCGGCGCCUAGGGAGUAAGAAUGCGAAUGCUGUUUGGAUUUACAAUGAGGAAAGCCAGUCUAAGCAUCGACACGAUCCAUACUGGGAGGGCUGUAUCACGUCCUGGAAUAGCCAGGAAUUUCUCGCGGAUGUGAACUGGGAACUGGCGAAAAUAGAGAGUAGGCCCUAA